AAAGGAUAUGCCUUUGUUCAGUACUCUAAUGAGCGCCAUGCCCGGGCAGCUGUGCUGGGAGAGAAUGGACGGGUGCUGGCUGGGCAGACCCUGGACAUCAACAUGGCUGGGGAACCCAAGCCCAACAGACCCAAAGGGCUAAAGAGAGCAGCAUCUGCCAUAUACAGACUCUUUGACUAUCGAGGUCGCCUGUCACCAGUGCCAGUGCCCAGGGCAGUUCCCGUGAAACGACCCCGUGUCACAGUUCCUUUGGUCCGUCGUGUCAAAACUACCAUCCCUGUCAAGCUCUUUGCCCGUUCCGGAGGCAUGACUACCGGCUCAGCCAAGAUCAAGUUAAAGAGCAGUGAGCUGCAGAUCAUCAAGACAGAAUUGACCCAGAUCAAGUCCAACAUUGAUGCUCUCUUGGGCCGCUUGGAUCAGAUUGCUGAG